UCUUUGGCUUCUGCUGCCGUGUGUGACCUGCCGAAAGGGAAGGACUCACCAGCACGGGAGUGCUUCAGCAACCUCCGUUCAAAUAAUUUAGCUUUAUCCGAUGUAAGGGAGAGGACCUCCGAGGAUUAAGGAUUAACCCAAGUGCCUUGUUUCAGCAGUCAUAAUGAAUCAGGAAUUUGGUGGCAAUAGCUUGGUGGAGCACUCCGUCACUAGCGUCCUUUUGUACUCCUUUUUGGAAAACUGCCCCAACUGUACUUUCUUGCCUGAGCUCAAGGCUCUGGGGAACCAGCUGAAGUCUUCAAAGCCCUUGUAUUAUGAGGGAUCUUUUGAAGGGGACCUGCAGACAGAUGGCAACCGGCCUGGGCGAUUCCAGGUCACAGAGCCAGCUUUAGGAGACGAUGAGGAAGUUUUCCGAAUUAUUGGAGCUCAGUUGGCUGAAAUCGGGGACCGGCUGGCGCUGGAGAUUGAGCCGUCAUUCAUGAACAGUCUUGUGCAGCAGUUUAUGGCGGAGAACUUCUCUAGAGAGGAAAUAACCAGGCAUAUGACUCGGGCGGUGCAGGAACUGGUGAGAAGGAUGCCAGUGGAAAUGGGUCAAGACCGAGCCAUGUUAGUGAUAGCCAUGGUGCUGGCCCGAAAUGUAGCAACUACAGUUCCAUCUCUUCUUCAUCGGGUGUUUGUCGCAACAGUGAACUACAUCAACUACAACCUCAGGGAUUAUGUGAACAAUUUGGCACCUGAGGAUUAAAGGAACAUGUUCUGUCUUCCGGAGGGAAAAAUCCUGUUCUAGGGUUCUUUUUAAAAUAUCCAAAAGCAUUUUUCCCCCUCUUUCAUUGAAAUUGUGGUGUCAAGAAUUUCCACCCCCUUCGAUUAGGCAUUCUACAACUUUUAGUAACAGCAGUUAGCUGCAGUAUUCUAGUUGCCUUUGCUUUAUUUUGCUAAUUUUUUUAUAAACUUGAGACCCUUGGGUGGUGCUCUGUCUUCAUCUCAGGUGGGAGAUUGCAAAUUGAGGUAGAAGUUAAUGCUUUGGAAGAAUGGGUAGGCAUGUUGCUUCCAGCACUUGUGAACUGGGUCAGGACAUCAAGGAUUGCUUGUAAAACUAUAAAGCCUCUUUGCACUGUGGCUGAAACCAAACUGCAUAUACUUGAUUCUAUCAUCAGCAUUAGUCCUGCCAGUGUCCACUGUCAGCCUUGGCUCUUAAUUUCCUCAAACACUAAUGUGAAUGAGGCUUUAAGCUUUUUUUUGGGGGGGGGGUGACAUGCAUGCUGCCAUUAUCCUUGGAUCAGGCUCUUCUGUCAGUUCAGAUGGAAGCCGGCUCAAGGCAGGAAUGUCUCAAAUCUCUCCCCCCUCCCCUUGUUGUCAACUUUCAGGGUUACAUCAUCAUUUCAGGCGGUUUACUUUGUAUGAUCCGUGUCGGAAGUUUCUUGUUGUAACUGGUUUUUUUAAAUAAAAAUAUGUGG